GUGUGGCGCGUUAAGUAUACUCUGGCAAAGGUUCGUAAGGCGGCUCGAGAGUUGCUCACCUUGGAAGAAAAGGAUCCCAAGCGACUUUUCGAAGGAAAUGCUCUCCUUCGUCGUCUCGUACGCAUUGGUGUGCUUCCUGAGGAUCGCAUGAAGCUCGAUUACAUCUUGGGUCUUCGUGUAGAAGAUUUUCUUGAGAGGCGUCUCCAGACUCAAGUUUUCAAGCUUGGACUGGCCAAAUCUAUCCAUCAUGCUCGUGUCUUAAUUAGACACAGCCAUAUUCGUGUUCGUCGUCAAGUUGUUGAUGUACCAUCAUUCAUCGUUCGUCUCGAUUCCCAAAAACACAUCGACUUCUCCCUCAAGUCGCCCUUCGGUGGUGGCCGCCCAGGACGAGUAAAGAGACGCAACAUGAAGAAGGCUGAGGGAGGUGAAGCCUCAGGAGAUGAUGAGUGA